UUGAACAGCUGGAGCUUCAGUCACUGACUGUCCCCGGUCAGGGCGUGUUGUUAGCCGCUUAGCUUCUACUAGCCACAGUCGGGGGGGAGAGAGAGCCAGGCCAGGCCAAGCUAAACUAAGCCAAGCCAAGCAGUCUGUCGACUGAUGUUUAAUCUACAGUGAACAUGGAUUUCGACGCGUUAUUUAACGAGAAGACAUUUCAGUUUUCGGACUUCCAGGAGUUCACGUUUCUACCUGGACACCAGAAGUUGACUGAACGAGUGAGGAAGCGUCUGUAUUAUGGCCUGGAUAAAGACGUGUCUUUAGAUGCCCUCUCCUGCCCUGUUACAGAUAUCGCUGUGGAAAUCUUCCAGAAGGCUGCCCCCAGCCCCAUACGAAAGCUUCACAAGAAAUAUGCUGCUCAUGUCUCCAGGGAGGCUUGCAUCUCUCCGUGUGCCAUGAUGCUGGCUCUAGUUUACAUAGAAAGGCUCCGACAUAGAAACCCCGAAUACCUACAAAAGAUCUCCUCCUCUGACCUCUUCCUGAUUUCCAUGAUGGUUGCCAGCAAGUACCUGUACGACGAAGGAGAGGAAGAAGAGGUUUUCAAUGACGAGUGGGGAGCAGCCGGGAAGCUGGAUGUCAAAACUGUUAACAACCUGGAGAUGAACUUCUUGAAUGCCAUUGAGUGGAGCCUCUUCACGGAGCCAAACGACUUGUUCGACAGACUAAGUCAUCUGGAAACCAGCAUUGCGGAGCGGCAGGGGAUGAAACGCGGCUGGUUCACCUACACUGACCUCUGUGUGCUACUGGAGCAAUCGGCGUGGAGUCAAGCCCUCACUGCAAUCUACCAGCACUUUACUAAGGUAUCCUGUAUGCUCGGCCUGGUCUACCUGACCAGCGUGGCCGGCCUCAUUGCCACCAGCGCUGUGCUGCAGCAGCUCAGUCUCGUCAAAGGCGGCCAGACCCUGCUGCCACCUCCAGAUGACAUUAGCCCGACCCACCUUCAGACCUCCAACCUGAACUCAGAAGCUCCCCCUGCAGCCCAGCUCCUCCCCUGUUGUGUUCUGGCCAACAAUAGUCUGAACCACCAGACUAGUGCACUUGGAGUCGGCCAGCCUCACGCACAAAGCCCCCCACCGGCUACCUCACAGACGUCAAUAUUGUGUCUCUGGGGCUCCCUCCUUGCCUCGAUGGGUCAUACACAUCCUGAGACAAAUUCCGAGAUGGACGCUCCCCAAACUUGGUCUACCACCUCCUUCUUCUGCCCCGGCUGUCUUGCAACACUUCCUCCACUGCAGUGUGGGCUCAGAAACACCUCAGCACUUUCCCCUCAUGGUAACCAUCAACGUCACCCACUGUGGCUGCCCUCCGGCCUCCUCGGGGGAGCAGAACCAAGUCUGAACUCUGGCUUAGGCGUGUUUCCCCCUGUACAGCUAGGACCCUGCCAUCCAAAGUCCAUGUUACCUGUCGACAAAGCUCAAGCUCUACUCAUGCCCGGCUAGGAACGGGCAAACCCCCCUGAACCUGUAGUAACGGACUCUGGAAACGAAACCAGCAGUUUUCAUCGCUCAUUGACUGCUUCACAUCAUGUUUUUGUUCACUUUUCCAGAUCUCGAAUACAGGUGAAGACACAAACGUAAUCAGGCACUUCUCGGACAGGGUGAGAGUUUAAUAACACAGCACAGGGUGAAAUUUACUCAUAGUUCACAGCUGCAGAAUAUUAUUUGCCAUAAUAAAACGCCAUAGUGUUCAGUUGAUGCUCAGCAUUUCGAGGGAUUUGGGGAUGUUUUUCUUGGCUGCAACCAAACAGUUUUGCUCCCAUCAUUUAUCGUUGUUUGAAAGUUCAGGCCUGUCAGACGGCGAGCGACGAGCGUGUUUAGAGUUCUUGUAUCACGGCUGUAAAAGGAACGUUGCUACUACUCAGGCAGGUCGAUGAAAGUGUGUGGAGGUUUCACAGCAUAUCUGAAAGUUCUCAGUAAGUUGUUUUUUUAGUUUGACGGGGCUCUGAGAAGAAGGGAUUAAAACCAGUUUACUAUGUUUAUGCUUAGUGUUAACGUAUAUCUUUCAUUUAUGCUUAAUGAGCUUUACGUCAGACGUCGGUCAUACACAUGCAGCAAGCACUGAUUUUGUACACCAGGUAGUUUUUGUUACUGUUUGUGUAACAGAUUGUCUCCUGUCCUUUAAAGAAAGGAAACAGUUUGGACUCACACAUCGUCUCCAUACCUCAGUGUGACCACACAGAAAUGCAAAACAUCAGCGCUUAUUCUGCUCAUUUCUGUUUUCUUUUUACAGUCGAUAUUUGUCAGAUCUUACGUGAGAUGUCACAUGACCUUAGAGCCACUUCUGCAACAGGGUAACAAUUAGCCAAAUUAAGAGAUUAACUUACAAGUUUCUACUCUCUAAGGGGAAGAAGGAGUGUAUUAAAAAAAGGGUUUUAAAUACAACAUUUAGCACGUUAGAUGCUCGCAGCAGUGUUUUCUUUGUUGAUGCGGUCUGGAAUUUGCACAUUCAUUUUCACCGCUACAGUACAUUUCACUCCAUUACUACCGCACCAUCGUCGAGUAUCUUUUUAACACCAGAGGAGAAUGUAAAUGAAUUACUUUUUAUGUACACAUAAAGGACAUUUACUUUGUAACUCAACCUUUGACAAAUGCUCUGAGCAUCUGGAUUUGAUACACUUUGAAGCACGAAGUCCUUUUAAUUUUGUACAUGGUGUAAAAUGCAAAUACUGUACAAAUCUGUAGAGCUAAUAAAGAAUGCAUUUCUUUGA